CAAUCUCUUAGCAACAUGUCAACAAAAGGGCAGAUAUAUGAGCCAAGAGUAUUAAGCAUCGGCAUCUGCUUCCACAGACUGUCUCCAUACACUCGAUCCGGACAUCAAAUGCCACAUUCCAGGGAUCCAUAUCCUUUCCCCCAAUAUGAAAAUGAUGACACUUUUCAAGGAAAACAAAUGCAGAGAACAAAUGGUAAGCAAAGUAACAGCUUGCCCCAAAAAGAGGAACCUUGGCAUCGCCUAAAUUCUACAGCAACACUAUCAAGUGACAGGAGAGCAGUAUACUACUAUGACCCAGAAGCUCCAUCUGACAGCUUGGAUUUUACUUUAAAGUCAUUGUAUGAUCACCAUACUGGCCUUCUGAAUGAUCGCAAUGAAACUUUGUAUCAAAGAGAAACAUUAACAGAGAAUCAUGGGAGAAUUUUGAAAAACAGAGUGAAAGAGAUCAAAGUCUCACAGGAGGAGGUUCCCUCUGUCAAACAGUGGGUUAGUCCUCAGAGAAGCAAUGCAUAUAGCAUAAAUGGUGCUAUUGUGAGUCAUCAUACAGCUGCUACAAAUCGUGGAUACUCCCGUAAACAGGAUGGAGGUUACUACAGCAUCUGACCAGCAACAUCAAACAACUUCUUUUGUGCUGAAAAAUAAACAGAAAUGCAUUA